CACCAAGUCUAACCCCAUUGCCUAAACAAAUGCACCUUAUGUGUUGUCCCCAAAAAAAAUGGUUAAAUAUAUAAAGUAUAAUGCGCACGUUAGCAUUGAGAAGGUUGAUCUUCUUCCCUUUAGAUAAAAUUAAAUCAGAUUAGGUUGGGUUCGGUUGGGUUGGGUUUCUUUCAAUCCAAGGACGGAAAUGGCGAAGCCUUCCUCCGAGUUGAUUAAGGCGUUACUCUCUCCCACAGCGGUGAUCUCCAAGGACCUUUCUCCCGAAGUCGUUGACCGAGUUCUGAUUUUUCUCUCCAACGUCGGCGCCGCAAAACCCAUUCCCGAUCACUGCAACACCAAAGGUUUCUUUUCCGACGUCAUCACCGCCGUACUUAAACCCCUCACUGUUUCCCCUGGACACAUCACCUGCCUCCUCACCGUCAAACCCGCCGUCGCUAACUUCUAUGGAUCGCUUCAUGGAGGAGCUCUGGCAGCUGUAGCCGAGGCGAUCUCCAUAGCUUGUGCUAAAACGGUUUUAGGUGACGAUAAGGAAUUUUUUCUUGGUGAACAGAGCAUGUCUUAUCUCUCUGCUGCUCCAGUCGAUGCAGAGGUAAUUGCUAAUGCACAAGUGGUGAGAAGUGGAAGGAAUUUGACUGUAAUAUCAAUUGAUUUUAAAUUGAGGAAAACCCAGAAGCUGGUCUAUACAGCUCGCGCCACCUUCUAUAACAUGCCUGUUUCUAAAUUAUGACAUUCCUUCGUCCAGGAAUUUAGGUACUCAUGUUUAUGUAACAAGCAAAUGUGUCUGUAAGUCGUAUAAGAUUUCUCCCUGUGAUGAUUCUCAUUGUUGAAAACCAUAUAAUGCAUUCUCUUCAUUGAUGCCUACACAUAA